AUGCCCGCCCAACCUUCCACUUCUCAACCCCCUCCCCCUCCCCCUCCCCCUCCUUCGAUCACGAUCGUGAUCACAUCACCACCUCAUCGAACGACCACAACCACGACCGCGACCGCGACCGAGACCAUCCAGAGCACGGCCACGACCAGGACCACGAUCACCACCACCAUCACGACGAUCACCACCAGAACCAGCGUCACGACCACGACGAUCACUGCCGAGGAGAUUGACAGGUCUACAGCCACGAUGGUGGACGUGACCUUUGACACGACCAUUGACAUGGAUAUCUGGGAAAUCGAGUAG